GUUGACAUUAGAUUUAUUGUUAAAUGAAGUUGUCAACCACAACCAAAGUAUCUAUAUUUUCAGCUUUUCAUUAUGAAAGUUAUCAUCGACAAAUAAACACCCCCAAAUCAAACACAUUUAUCAAAAUUUAACUAUUACAAUGUUCCGUAAGCUUUUUCGGGACCCCAAAACAGGUUUUCAUCUGCUGAGUUCAAUGAAUUCCAAGAAAUACCUAAAAAACAUUGGGUUGGAAAGAGAAGACUACUACUUUUUAAAACAUGUUGGAAAGGGCUUGCUUUGCACCUAUGCCGUGCUUGGGGCUAUGUGGCUCUACACUGAGAAUUCAUCACUGGGGUGGGGGAAACUGGAGCCAAGGCUGAAGGAGCACGAAGAAGCAUUGAAGGAUUUCAUCAGAAAGGGAAGGAUGAUUGGAGACGCUUUUAGUCCAAAAGGGGUGGGUGAGAGUGAUAAGGAUGGGAACUAUAAUAACCAGAAGGAGACGCAGAACAAGAAUUUUGAUGAGGAAGCUCAGAAGCUGUGGUUGAAACUGAAGAAUGAGGUCGCAACUGAACUAAAGGAGAAGGGUUUUGAUGUUGAAUAACUGUACGCUUUACAGUGAAUGAAUGCCAGUGUCAUUCUCAUGAUACAUGAACUGAUUGUGAGGCUCUAGUUGAAGUACGUGUUAGGAAUCUUAUGUAUGUAUGCUACAUGGUAAAUAAGUAAGUAGCAUUUUGGUGUGUAAAGCCUUUGAUAAAACUCCGAAUGAUUAUAAAAGGAAGGAAUAAUCA